GUCAAAGCUGUCAUUGUCAGAAUUAGUGAUAAUAUUUCACAAAUCACAAUUUUUAUCAUUAUUAUUAGAAAACGAAGCAUUAUAUUGGUUUUCUCUCUGUUUUACAAAACGUAAUUUCAAUCUAGCUAUUCCGUAUUCGUCUAGUGUAAAUGUCAAAACACUAAACAAACUUGCAUUUAAAAUUGAUAUAAAUCGAUGACGAAUUACUAUAUAGUACCUAUACGAUUAACAAUAUUUUAAUUAAUAAAAUAAGCAUUAUAAAAGUAUUAGUUACAAAGAAAGGAGGAUGAAUAACCCAGCAAUGAAUUCAGCGACACCAGGUGUGCCGCAGGUGCCGCUGCUAGACGACGACACCCUCGCCUUUGGGGAAGAAGACAAUGCUACUAAGCAGUUUGUGCACCCUUACAUAGUUUUCUUCCACCUAGUGUUCCGAUGCUCCGCUAUAGUGGUGUACAUGUUGUGCGGCUGGUUCUCCGACUCCUUCAUUGCCAGCUUUGUGCUAGUUGUCCUGUUACUGUCUGCUGACUUCUGGACUGUCAAGAAUAUUAGUGGGCGCCUAUUAGUUGGGUUGCGAUGGUGGAACUAUGUAGAUGAUGAUGGCAAAUCACAUUGGGUGUUUGAGACAAAACAGGUAAAUAAUCGAGUAAACCAGAAUGAGAGCCGACUGUUCUGGAUGGGUCUGAUCCUCUGCCCAGCAAUCUGGUCAACUUUCUUCAUCUUCUGUUUGUUUGGACUUAAAUUCAAGUGGAUGCUGCUGGUCCUCAUCGCACUAACCCUGACGGGAGCCAACCUGUAUGGCUACAUCAAGUGCAAGUUCGGAGCCAAGGAGAACCUUAAAUCUGCCACCACAGAGUUUGUGAAGAAGCAAAUAUUCCAGAAUGCGAGCACCUUCAUGUUCUCACAGCCAGCGCCCCCUACUACUGGUAACACGGGGGUGGUGUAAUAUACAUUAUAAAUAUUAUUUAGUUCCAAUAGACUUGUGCACAAUGGUACAACUACAUAUAUCUCUUGAUCAUCUAGUUUUGAGAUGAAAAUACAUUUUGAUAAACUAAAAUAUGUUUAAAACUGAUUUAAUUUGAUUGGUGACAAUUUUUAAAAAUCAUCAAUAUCUGCAUACCAAAAUGCAUUUUCGCUUUUUGUGCUGACAGUUUUUAAAACAAUGUGUAGUAUUUAAAAAAAUCGGUAUAUUCACACAGGCACAUGUGUUGUGGGUAAUGCAAUGAUUGUCUUAUAUGGUUGUUAGAGGACACGUAUUAUUAUUGUGCUAAAAUUUGUGGCUUGAGUACCAAGUUAUUUGUUUUCAAUAUAACACUGUGCAUUCAUAAGCCAACACUUGUAUAAAUAUUUGUCUUUACAACUAUUGUGGUUGGAAAAUCUUAAUUCUAAUGGCGAUUUACACGAGUCGCCAAUAUAAACAUUCUUAUUC